AUGCAGAUCCAGAUGCUGCCCCUCAUCCUCUGCUUAGCAGGUAAAAGAUCUCCACCAAAUCGGGCAGAGUGCAACAAUCACCCCAUUCCAGCCCUGAAGCUGAUAAGCAAUGGCAAGACCUUCCAGAGGAUUAAGCAGGAGCUGAGCUGGCGGGAUGCCCUGCGGUAUUGCCAGCUGUACUACACAGACCUGGCCGACCUGCAGAGCAUGGGCAGCGUGAGCAGCAUAAAGGAACUCUACUCCCUCACCAGCAGCACCGAAGCGUGGAUCGGCCUCUACUUUGAUGUGAACAUCAAGGGUCUUGUCUGGUCCAGCGGCUCUGUCUUCACUCCGCUGGAAUGGAGCUCCACGCCUGUCUUCAAGGAGGGCAUCUGUGCCACUUUGUACGCCACCUUGGAACUUUUUCCCACCCUGGGGGCUGCCUCAUGCACGGCACAGAAGCCUUUCCUCUGCUAUUAUGACUCCUCUGUGGGACACCGCCUCACCACGAAGCCCGCUCUCGGCCUGACCACCUCUCCGAAGGCAGCUGUGGUCCAGAUCAAUGGAGAGACCUUCAUACGAUUUGACCAAGAAAAGACAUGGAUGGAGGCGCUGCAGUACUGCCGCAGCCACCACACCGACCUGGCUGACCUGCAGAGGGUGACUGACGAGGCGGGCCAGGAGGCCUUGAAGUCUAUCACCACCAAGAACCAGGCCUGGAUUGGCCUCUAUUUCAAUGCAGACUCAGAGUUGCUGAGCUGGUCCAGUGACCUGGGUGACAGCAUCCCCGACUGGCUGCAGGUGCCCCAGAUGGGGGCAGGGCUGUGUGCGGGGCUUGGCAUCUUUGCCCGCUAUCCACCCCGAGUUUAUUCAGAGGUCUGCUUCUCCCAGAGACCCUUCAUCUGCUUCUAUGGGCCUGGCGCCAGUCCGGCGGAAGACUCGCAGGACCCCGCUUCUGAGAGGCCGAUCCCGCUGCGACUCAGCCCGGAGCCCGCUGACCCCAGAGCACCCGGUGCCUUCACCGACCCCACUGCCCUGAGUCCUCUGGCCCAAAGCGAGGUCCCAGGGGCCGCCUUGACCCCCGAGUUCGGGCCCUCGACCCCGCUGGUACUGAGCAAGAUCGUGGUAUUCAGUCCCAGGACCCGGGCCACUCCCACCACGAGUCCCACGACCCCAGAGGACCUCUCUGAUCUCCAAGAAGAGACAGGGACCCCUCUGGCCUCCGCCUGGAGCCCAGCGGCAGUCCCUUUGUCCCUGGGACGCCCGGUUACGCAGAGCAGGCCGGGGACUACAAGGGAGGCUGCCUUGAACCUCUUGAUCGGUUCAACUCACAGAGCUUCGGCAACCCCAGCCGGCACAUCUAGCGGGGCCCACAGCUCUACCCCUCUGUGGGUGGAAGAGCGAACCUCGGAGUUUUCCAGUCCAAGGAGUUCCGCUGCGCCCCAAAGGACAACCACGAACCCUGAGUUGGCAACAGGGAGCACGGAGUCCUCUGGGAGCUGGCCAGGGCCAGAAACAGCUGUAACCAGUGCAGCUAGCAACUCCAAUAGAAAAACUACAGUUUCAGUCACUCAGGCCCAACAUGUGAGCCCAUGUGAAGGCCCCGAGUCUGAAGACAAAGCUCCAGAACCAGAAUCAGGGCAACACUUUGGAGUCCUGAAAGCAGAUUUUAACAUCCCAGCUUUGACUGACCCAGAAGAGAUGAAAGACCAGUUUUUGAGUGAGGUGAAAUUUCUGCUCACUUCUCAUUUUGAUCAGUCAGAAGGCUUGACAGUGCAAGGCAGGCCUGCCAGAACCAAUGUAUUUAGAGAAGAAGUUUUGAAAAAUGAGCUCAUCUGUUUCCACGGCCAUUACUUUGGCUCAUUGAUCCAAGAAGCCUUAAAGUUUACCUUAGGUCACCAGCAAUUUAACCUAAAAUGGGUCGGCAUUGAGAUAAACAAAAAAGAGAACUGA